AUAUAGCCUAACUCACACCAAAGUUUUGGUAAUUUAACUGAAUAAUUAUACGUGGACCUAUAUAUAUAUAGAGAGAGAGCCCAAGCUAUUGUAUAUAUAUAGUUAUAUAUAUAUAUAUGUAUGUAUGUAUUAGCUGAAAAGAAAAGAAACAGAAAGAUAGAUUUUGUGGUUUCUGGACGUAGAGAAAACAAGGAAGAAAGAAGGAUUAAUAUACAGAGAGUUUCAGGUCUUAUAUAUAUUGAUAUAUAUAUAUGAUCAAUAUGUUUGGCUUGGGGACUAAGAGGAGAAAAGUGAAUAAUGCCAUGUCUAUUGUUGAGCUGUUGGUGCAUAUGGACUGUGAAGGUUGUGAAAAGAGGAUACGAAGAGCAAUUUCAAAGAUUCAAGGAGUUGAUAGCUUGGAAAUAGACAUGGAUCAGCAAAAGGUGAGAGUGAGUGGAUACGUUGACCAAAGAAAAGUGUUAAAGGUGGUGAGAAGAACAGGAAGAAAGGCUGAGUUUUGGCCAUUCCCAUACGACAGUGAGUACUAUCCCUACGCCUCCCAAUACUUGGACGACUCCACAUACGCAUCGUCGUACAACUACUACAGACAUGGCUACAAUGAGGGCGUUCGCGGCUACUUUCCCGACCAAGCUUACCAGACCGUCGAUGAUCACACCGUUCAUCUCUUUAGUGAUGACAAUGUUCAUGCUUAUUGCACUAUUAUGUGAUUACUUAAUUAAUAAUAACAUUUUUGGGAUGAAAAAAAAUUGUCUCGUAUCAUGUAAAAUAUAAGGAGCACUUUUUUUUUAUACCUGUUUGGUUUGGAUCCUGUGUUUUGAUAAGUUCUUUAGACUAUGUGUGUUUGAAAAAUAGUUCAAAUAGAUCCCAGAACCC